GAUCGAGAUCCCCGAGCGCCGAUCAUAUCGUCUACUGCCGCUAAUGUGAAAAAGACGUCAGCAGUAACCCCCUGCAAGACGAUACGAGGCCAUACCGCGGGAGUUAUAGGCGUUGCACACCUGCCCGGUGGGCAGCGCAUCAUCACAUAUAGGUAGCGAGUGGCGAGAUGAAGGAGAUGAGGCAGCAAUAAGGGCCAUGGCAUUGUCUCCGAAUGGCAAGACUAUUGCCAGCGGAAGCAAUGACGGGACAGUGAGGUUGUGGGAGGUCGAGACUGGGAAGGUUGUCGUCAAAUGGAAAGGACACACUUCUUUUGUGCAGUCAGUGUGCUGGAGUCCAAAUUGUGGGCGAGUUGUGAGCGGAUCAAACGACGGGAUGGCAAAAGUGUGGGAUGUGAAGAGCGGCAAACCAGGCGAAGGUCUGAAUCCAAUCAAGACAGGACACGAGUCGGUUUACGUGGUGAGAUACUCACCCGAGGCAUCAAUGAUUGCAACAGGAGGAUUCAACGAAAAUGGUUUCAAAAUCUGGGACGCGAAGAAGGGCGAGCUGCUGUACAUGUCCACAAUCAAAUUCGAUCCAGUUUGGAGCUUAACCUGGACAUCGGACGAAAAGAAGCUUAUUGCCGGGUGCGGGAAUGGCCCGAUUGCGAUAUUUGACACUGCCACAUGGCAGCAGAUCGCCGUUCUGGAGGGUCACAUUGAUGUUGUCUACUCCCUUACUUUAUUUCCAAACGACCGCCUCCUUGCGAGUACAUCUUGGGAUCAUACAGCGCGUCUCUGGAAUCUUGACACAAACCUCCAAAUCGGGCCACCUCUUCAACACAAAAAUGACGUCACUUGUGCAGCCUUUUCCGCUGAUGGAAAGCUGCUAUCCACCGCAGGUUGGAAUGAUAAAAAUGCGUAUGUAUGGGACAUUCAAGCCGUCCUCAAAACAGCUGGCCUAGAAAAUCUCCUGUCCAUACCUGAUGCACAAAAAUCUGAACUCAAAAAUAAUGUAUGUAUCAUCUUGUGACUUUUCAAGAAUCAAACACGCUAAUGUCCCACACGCACAAGCUAUCAGAUGUACGCUGUAUCUUUUCCUGACCUUGAUAUCGAUCCUGAUAUCCGCAUUCCAGGCUAAUGCUACGCGACGUCCGCCUAUCCGUCCAGCCCCACGUCGAGUGCCACAAGGCUUUUUCGAUAAUGUGCAAGACAGCGGUCCUUCCUCCACUACCCAUCCUGAUCCAUCUCUCCAUCGCCUCCGCAAUGCUUUUGCACUAUCCUGGGGAUCACGUCCACGU